AUGAGCGAUAACGAACGAUCCGGUCCCGCCGACGAUGAGCUUUCACUUCCCAAAGCCACGGUGCAAAAGCUAAUCAACGAAAUGAUGCCCAACGAGAUUGUAUGUGCCAAGGAUACUCGCGAUCUAUUGAUCGACGCCUGUGUUGAGUUUAUCCAUUUACUUGCUUCGGAAGCCAACGAGAUUUGCGAACGAGAAAACAAAAAGACCAUUGCUGGUGAACAUGUGGUAUCCGCACUUCAAGCGCUUGGAUUUGAGGAUUAUGUCGAAGAGGUCGAUGAAGUAUACAAGGAACACAAGAAACAACAAAAGGAACGUGAUCGCAAGAGUACUCGGUUAGAAAACACAGGCAUUGCAGAGGAAGAACUAUUACGGCAACAAGAAAUGUUAUUUGCUCAAUCACGUCUCAAAUACGAAGCCCAACAAUAA